GCCCGAGCCCGAGCCGCGGCCGAGAGGAGGGAGGAGGAGGUGGAGGAGGCGCCGGGCCGCGGGGUUGUCAGUAUUUAAAGAACACAUCAUGCGUGAGUACAAGCUAGUGGUCCUUGGUUCAGGAGGCGUGGGGAAGUCUGCUCUGACAGUUCAGUUUGUUCAGGGAAUUUUUGUUGAAAAAUAUGACCCAACGAUAGAAGAUUCCUACAGAAAGCAAGUUGAAGUAGAUUGCCAACAAUGUAUGCUGGAAAUCCUGGAUACUGCAGGAACAGAACAGUUUACAGCAAUGAGGGAUUUGUAUAUGAAGAAUGGCCAAGGAUUUGCACUAGUUUAUUCAAUUACAGCUCAGUCUACGUUUAAUGACUUACAGGACUUGAGAGAACAGAUUUUACGGGUUAAAGACACAGAAGAUGUUCCAAUGAUUUUGGUUGGCAAUAAAUGUGACCUUGAAGAUGAGCGGGUAGUUGGCAAAGAACAAGGCCAGAAUUUAGCAAGACAGUGGUGUAACUGUGCCUUUUUAGAAUCUUCUGCAAAGUCAAAGAUCAACGUUAAUGAGAUAUUUUAUGACCUGGUCAGACAGAUAAAUAGAAAAACACCAGUGGAAAAGAAGAAGCCUAAAAAGAAAUCAUGUCUGCUGCUCUAGACUUGAAGUCAGCAGCAGCUCUGAGCCAGAUUACAGAAAUGAAGAACUGUUGCCUAAUUGGAAAGUGCCAGCAUUCCAGACUUCAAAAACUAAAUCUGAAGAGGCUUCUCCUGUUUUAUAUAUUAUGUGAAGAAUUUAGAUCUUAUAUUGGUUUGCACAAGUUCCCUGGAGAAAAAGUUGCUCUGUGUAUAUCUCCUGGAAAUAAGACAUAGUAUUUCUCCUUUGCAAUAGCAGUUAUAACAGAUGUGAAAUAAAAUACUUGACUCUAAUGCAAUUAUACAGAAGAGCAUGGAUGCAUUUCAAAUGUUAGAUGUUACUACUAUAAUCAAAUGAUUUCAUAUUGACCUUUUUAUCAUGACUCCUCCCUAUCAAGCACUAAAAAGUUGAACCAUCAUACUUUAUAUAUCCGUAAUGAUAUAGAUUAUGAAUUAUCCCCUCAAACUCAUUGCAGCAGAUCACUUUUUUGAGUCAUUGACUUCAUUUUAUAUUUAAAAAUUAUGAGAUAUCAUCUGUCAUAUUCUAAUUAAAAUUGUUUGUGCAUAAUGCUUUGGAAAAAUGGGUCUUUUAUAGGAAAAACUGGGAUAACUGAUUUCUAUGGCUUUCAAAGCUAAAAUAUAUAAUAUACUAAACCAACUCUAAUAUUGCUUCUUGUGUUUUACUGUCAGAUUAAAUUACAGCUUUUAUGGAUGAUUAAAUUUUAGUACAUUUUCA